AUGCCGUCGUCGUACGGCGCGACAUCCAACCCAAUGCCCAGGCAAUCACCACGUACACGUCGGCGCGCGCACCGCAUUGCGCGCGCUGCCGCCGACCCACCCGGGGCUAGCAUCCUAUCAUCCUUCUCUAACCUCGCCAACACAAUUAUCGGGAGUGGCGCGCUCGCCUUCCCCUCCGCGUUUGCGAGUAUGGGCUUGAUCCCCGGCUUCAUUUCCUGCCUCGUCUCCGCCUGCACGGCCAUGUUUGGACUGUGGUGUCUCUCGCGGUGUGCAGAGCUCGUGGGCAAGAGGCCCGGAGACGAGGGACGCAAGGCUAGCUUUAACGAGGUUGCGCGGCUCGCGUUCGGCAAGGGUUGGGUCAUGCGGCUCUUUGAUUUCGCUAUCGCCAUCAAGUGCUUCGGCGUGUCCGUAUCGUACCUCAUCAUUUGCAAGACGCUCCUUCCCCAAGUAUGCCAGACGUUCGCACACAUCUUAAAGACACCCAUCGAGCCGGAUUCGAUACUCCUCGUGCCGACGUUCUGGCUUCUACUUACACUCCCUAUCAUCGUCCCACUUUCCUUCAUGCGCACGCUCGACAGCCUGCGCUUCACCAGCCAGAUCGCACUGUCGUCGGUGAUCUACAUGGUCAUCGUCGUCGUGGCCUGGUACUUUAUCAAGGGUCCCGACCCGAACCGCGGCGAGAUUGUGCUCGGCCGCUUCGGCACGGACACGCUCGCGUCUUUCCCGGUGCAGGUGUUUGCGUUUACCUGCGCUCAGAACCUCUUCCCUAUCUACAACGAGCUCAAGGACCGCUCGCAGGGCAAGAUGAACCUCGUGAUCGGCUCGUCUAUCAUGUCCGCCGCGUCCGUGUACGAGCUGCUCGGUGUUGUCGGUUACCUGACCUUUGGCUCAAAGGUCAGCUCCAACGUCAUGGCCAUGUACCCGUCCGAUUCGAUGGUUGUGGCCAUCGGUCGUCUCGGCAUCGUCUUCCUCGUCGGCCUCUCGUACCCUCUGCAGGCUCUGCCGUGUCGCUCGUGUCUAUACCUGCUCACGUCGGGCAUUAUCAAGGGCAAGAAGCACAAGCUGCUGCCGCAGGAACCCGAACCCGAGUCUGAGUCCGACGACGAGGAUGACGCGUCCGACUCAGGCAUCAGUGGACACGAGCAGGACAUGCUGGUGCCCAAGGUUGGCGAUGGUGUCCGCGGUCCUACAGCUGCUGAGAUGCCUAUGAAGAAGUACAUUGGCUUCACGACCGGCAUUCUCGUCGCCGGCUACUUGAUCGCCUUCCUCGUGGAUGAGCUCGACAUUGUACUCAGCUUCGUCGGUUCGACCGGCUCGACAAUCAUCAGUUUCAUCCUCCCUGGGUUUUUCUAUUUCCGGCUGUACCGUGACCAGCGCGGGUUGACCAAGUGGUUUGCACUUGCGCUCGGCAUUUACGGCGUAGCAGUCAUGACGUUCUGCCUCACGAACAACAUUAUCCACCUGAGCAGGAAGCCGCGAGCAGGCCAUUAA